AGCCUGAGUGCUUUGUAAAGUCCCUAGGAGGACAGCGAAUGCGACUCAAACCGGACGCUAUACCUACGAAGUUUAUUUUCUCCGCUGAAAAGCCACGGAGGAAAAUACCUUAUGAUCGACAAGCAACAACAACAACAACAACAACAAAGAAGAGUAGUGGGACUGCGAGAUGUCUCAAUGUGAGUAUGGAUACGACUGUCGACAUUAAUGUCAUUGAUAAGCAACUGAAGAGCAUUGAAAACACAGAUCCAAUUGUGUCCAAAGAUUCACUCGAAUCCACAGAAUCGGGAAGACCACUGCUUGUAACAGCUGCGGUGGUACUAGUAGUUUUGCUCACUUCGCUCACUUGUUUACAUGCCAAGUGCUGCCACUUUUUAAGAAAAUCGUCAUCCCAUCCGUUCUUGAUGUAGCAUAUAACCCUAUUUUAAAGAAAAGGUACACAGACAUUACGAUUCUGUAACGAUUUAAAAUCAGGGUAAAAAUACCAAGAUUUAAAUAAAUAUUAUGAACUCAACUUUGAACUAGCACGGGUCUCGAAGCUGUCGAUCCAGCACUUCCAUCUUCGGCAGUUCCUUCACGAUACGAAAGCUAUUCCUUCAGCCUUUCCUAUGUAACAUCACGACGACACUUGCUGCUAAAUAUUUUCACUUUCUCUACGGCAGAUAAAAAUGCUGAUUUUGAAGAUAAUUCAACAUUUUCGACGCUCAUGCUAAAUUCGACUUCACAACUUCUGUAAUCUUCGAGAAAGCUUGACCCAAGAGCCUCGCUUUUGUGUGCACUAAUACAGGAAGCCGCUGUCCAACUACACCGCACACGCGGAACUGGAUCAUGGGCUAUUAAAACUGAUGACUUUGCUAAUUUGGCGCGAUUUCGAGACACUGUUUUUCAUCGGUCCUUAAUUUGUAUGGGAUGUCUUUGUACACGCUUUAGUUUUGGAUAGUAAUCAGUGUUUUCCGUACAUUAUUCCUGUACUAGUGAGUGUGCUGAAACCAUAACAAAGCCUGUUGUAUUUUCUGAAGUAGAAACCAGUCAAACUAGACAUCCUGAGCGGAUAUUAUUUCGUUGUAAUUCGCGUUACAGUUUUAAAAAAAAAUUAAUGUAAAGUGAGAAGCUCGUUUCAAUUUUAGAGCUAUAGGGCUUAUUUCAUUUGGAGUAUAGCUUCCACGGCUGUUCUAGACUGAAAUAGUGAGAUACUGUGGUAAAAUGGCACCGAUCUUUUGACUCAGUUGGAGUUGUCUAAAAUGGUGCUUUUUGGAAUAAAGUGACCUACGUCAGAAUGAUCGUUUGCAGUAUAAUAAAAAUAUUUUAAGAAUUCCUUUCGAGAAAGAACCAGGGUUUGACCAAGAGCCUAAUCUUUUUUACUUUUCUGCUGAUGAUACAUAUAUUUUUUACGGUUCAUUUUACUUAUCGUUUUGCUUGGACAGUACUCCUUAUCUUUCCAUUACAUGUAAAGUGAGGUAAAUGAAAAUAUUGUUCUAAUACAAAAUUCCCAAAUACGAUUUAACUACUCCUGGUUCGUCGCGCACGAGUAACCAAAGCCGCUGACCAGGUUCGAAUUUGGUCACCCUGUCAGUCAAGCCGGUCACGCAACGAAAGGUUGAAGAUCGCUUAAUUGAGCUUGAUCGAUAGACGCUCGCACAAGUUGAAGUAAUUAUCUAAAGUCAACUUAGAAUGAAGGCAAUUUCUGAACCGUAUCUCACAGCAGUUAACCUCGAAGACCUGACUGAUGGACAUCUUGAAGACAUAACACUCAGCGACGAGCAGAGUAAAUUUCUUGAUGCAGUUCGUGACGGCGACGCACAUGGCGUUCGUUUGUACGUGUUGGAGAAACAUGUCGAUGUGAAUUGUGCGAAUUUGUCCGGAGAAACCGCCCUGCAGCUAGCUGUAAACAACGACCGUCACGUUAUCGCCAAGUUUCUUCUUGAGAAUGGAGCUGAAGUGGGUAAUGCACUGCUACAAGCUGUUGCCAAAGAUUCUAUCGAGUGGGUGAGAGCGUUACUCGAUUUCGUGAAGGACUCGGAGAAUAGACCGGCUAGUCCUAGCAUUGUGUCUUCAGAACAGCAGACGAGCCGAGUUAAGUAUAACAGAUUCGUUUCCCCUUUGAUGUUGGCUGCCCACAAUGACAACCAAGAGAUGGUGAAGCUUUUCUUGGCGAAAGGUUUCACGAUUGAAGAACCGCCAUUCCAUAACAGAUCCUGUGAGUGCGACGAAUGCAUGCGCUUGGGAAAGCGAUUGGGGACUUCUAUUUACCGUUUGCAGAGUUAUCGAGCGAUGGCUAGCCCUGUGUACUUGUGCAUGUCGUAUUUACUCGACAAAUCCAGCGACCAUUUGGUCGAAGACCAAGACAUAGCCUCGUCGAAAGAUCCGAUCGUUCGAGCUUUCCUUUUAAACCGGAAGCUAGAGAGUCUCGUUGAUACAGAGUACGAAUUCAAAGCAGAUUACAAACAGUUGUCUGACAACUGCGAAGAAUUUGCAGUAGCACUUCUCACAAAGUGUCGUACGAUGGAAGAAAUAAGUUGUGUUAUGGAGGUACCUGGUAUUGAUCAAGUACAACAUGUAGAAGUCAGGGGGGGACCAGAAGCCCAAAAGCUCAGCGUGCUGAAUUUUGCCAUUGCUAAUGGUAACGAGAAGUUUGUCGCUCACCCUUACAGCCAGCUUAUGCUCAACUCGGUGCUGUACAACCGAUUAGGAGGAUGGGAAGAUUUUGGUUUUCUAAAGAAAGUGAUAUGCAGUAUGUUUUUAACAUUAUUGUUGCCAGUAUUGGCCUUAUUUUAUUUCCUGGCCCCUAACUCUCAAGUCAGCAAAAUGCUGAGGAAACCGUUCUUCAAGUUUGUGAGUCACGCGGGUUCGUUUUGCUGCUUUCUUAUCCUGCUUAUAUUAUCGUCGAUUCAGGACAAGUUGUUUGAUGUGCUUCAGUUUACAGUCUUUGAUGUUUUCUUAUCGCUGUGGAUCGCCGGUCAGUUGCUCCAAGAGGCAAAGGAAGCGUUACGUCAAGGCAAAGAGCGUUACAUUUCACAAUACUGGAACCUUGUCUCGCUGUUCAUGUUAGGGCUCUUCGUGAUCUCGGGAGCCCUGUGGCUUACCGGGUUUAUCAUGACCGCGCAAGGAUUUGGAGACUGGACAAUACCCAUUGGCCAAGUAUUUGGUGACAAAGCCCAGGUGUACGCGUACCGCCUUCUUCUUUUGUCCAACGCCACAUUUUCAAUCGGUCUGGUCUUGAGUUUCAUUAAUGCUUCCAAUUUUUUUCAAGUUAACUCCAUUCUCGGGCCUCUUCAGCUGUCCUUGGUGAAAAUGAUGAGAGACAUCGCCAAGUUUCUGUUCCUGUUUUUGUUGUUGUUCCUUGCGUUCGGUUGGGCUGAGCGGAAGGUUUACUCCACGUACGUACAAGCCAGGGAAGAAUUUCAGGGAAAUGAAACUGAACAUAAAUUUGCCAGGAUCGGUGGAACUCUGAGGUUCUUGUUCUGGGACUUGUUUGGAAUGUCGGAUCUUUCGGACCUGAGAACAGAUAAGAACUUCAUUAUCACUCAAUAUACAGGGGAAGUACUCCUGGGAUUAUACACUAUUUUCUCCAUUGUGGUCGCCAUAAACAUGCUGAUUGCCAUGAUGUCGAACUCCUAUCAGAGGGUAGCGGACGAUGCUGAUAUCCAGUGGAAGUUCUCGAGAACUCGAAUGUGGAUGCCAUAUCUGGAUGAAGGCAACGUUAUGCCGCCGCCGUUCAACCUCAUUCCUCCUCCUCAUUCGGUAAUCCGUCUCUGUAGGAGGUUUUGUGCCGAUCCGGCCUCCUUCAUGCGCGGCUGCUGUACCAGGCAAGAUAGACCAGCGUCAUUAUUGAAAGAUAAGGUGGACAUAAAGAGGCGGCGCGUGGUAAUGAGGCGUUUGAUCCAGCGGUAUCUUCUCACUUUUGAGAAUUCGAAGAAACCCUGCCAGUCUGAUGCUCCUCAGCUUACAGCGGAGAGACAGGGGGACAGCAUCGAACUGAAGGAUCUGAUUACACAGUUGCAAGGCAUAUUGAGAAGGAGAGAAGAAAACAAAUGUCCUGUUAAUGCAGCUAAAUCACAGCCUGAGGAAAAAACCAAAGUAGAAAUUCAUCACAGAGGCUACGGAACUCAUCGAAAAGCGGAGAAAGACACAGACGCUACGCUGUGAGCUAGAUUUGCCACGGGAAUGGCAGGAGAAAGGAAAAGGACUUUCGCCCCAAUUUACACCUAACCCCUUUGUAAACCCACCCAUCUUAUUUUAAGACCUUGAGUGUUGGUCCGGCCGGGACUCGAGCACUCGUGCUCCCGCACAACAGUCCAGCGCACUAUCCAUUGGGCUAACUGGGCGGCGGUUUAGAUAUUAACAGUCUUAGAACUUUAACAUUUCUUUUUAUUGUCUUGUUUGUUGCUCAGCCAAGGAAAAAAGUUAUCAUUGUGUCUCUACGUGCGAACAUGUCACGCAAUCACUCCAGUGUGAACGAUGACGAUUAUUUUAACUGUCUUAUUCCGACGUUUAUCGAGUUCCCUGCCAAAAUAACUUUCUGCUUUUUAUAGAAGAAAUAGAGAUUAGUGAGCAGAGAGGUACGAGAGUAUCCGUUUUUCCGUCAAUCGCAAAACUCAAUGCCCCGAAGACGCAGAUAGAAAAACAAGUGUUUGCAGUCCUGCGACAAUCAAACAUAAUUUUUUCAGUAAAAAGAGAGAACGACUGGCUUUCUAAUAUCCAUCCUACGUUUUCCCAAAGAUCUCUUGUGUAGCUGCGGAGUCACUCAUAAUGAAUUUGCUUUCUUUCAAAGAUUUCGAGGCACUCGUUCAAUUGACGACCGGUCAUUUUAAUUUGUAAGGUUUUCAUAAGCUCGUAUGGGAUAAUGUUCCACAGCCUUUUUUUUUCGGAAAAUGACCGAUGUUUUCAGGAUGAUUUUCUCUGUAGUAGUAGGCGCGAUGAAACCAGAGUGUAAGCCGUUGUAGCUCCAGAAGAAGAAAGUAACCCCCCCCCAGAAGGUAUUUUGUCGUCGAGUUGGACUACAAUAAAAAGAAAAAAGUUAAAGUAAGGAAGCUCGUUUCAAUUUUAGGGCCAAAGCGAUAAUUUUAAUUGGCCAAUAGCUAGAAAAUAGUGAAAAAGUGUGCUAAAAUGCAACGGUAUCUUAACGUUUGAGCUUCCAAAAAUGUUUCUUCUUUAAAUAAAAGGUGAAGUGCAUUUACAAAACGCUAACGUUCUUCAAUUCACACUUCACUUUUUACGAGGUGAGGGAGGAAGAGGGGGGCUAGUGGGACUUUUGAACCGCUAUUACAAGUAACGAUGACCCCCCCCCAACCCUCCAAAUCCUGCCAGUCCUCCUACCCCGUAAAAAUGAACAGUUCCUAAACAACAAAGGUCCACACGCGCUAAGUUGACAAUUUAUUCUACUUGUGUGACCUAUUUGUCUUCGCCCUGUGACGAAUGAUCGUGCAUUAUCAAAUCCCCCUAU